AUGCCGAAAGGCUAUGAUGAGAGGUCCGGGGAAGUGCUGCAUGAACCUUCGAAUUUGAUUACUGACGUUGUUGAACAAAUUCGUAUCGGAGAGCUAAUGGUAGCAAGUGAGAUAAAGCAUUCCUAUCAUUAUCAUAAUUUAAGACUCACUUUUAGUGGGAAGACCAAAGAUGACGAUAGUCAGUGUGAUGGGUGCACGAGACCUAUAUCAACUCCUUUUUAUGGUUGUGAGCAAUGCAAGUUCUUUCUCCACAAAGAUUGCGCUGAAUUACCUAAACAAAUGCCACACCCAUUUCACAAGCAUUUGCUUACUCUCUCAAACACACACAAUGAGGAUGGUUAUUCAUGGUGCAGUGCUUGUCGUCGUUGGUAUCAAGGAUUUCCAUACCAAUGCUACGAAGGAGAUUGCAGCUUUGAAAUUGACAUUCAAUGUAUGUUAUUGUCGGAAACCUUGAAGCAACCAAGUCAUGAUGAGCAUUCACUCUUUUUUGUCCACAACAACCAGAAAACGAGUUGCAGUGCUUGUUUCAAAAGACUAGGCUCAAGGGAUGUUGCAUAUAGAUGCAUGAAGCGCUGUGAUUUCAGUUUAGAGGUAGGUUGUGCAACAUUGCCACUCAUUGUUUGGUACAAGUAUGACAGGCAUCCUCUUACUUUGACUUAUUCUAAUGAUUCUGAGCCUUCUCAACUUUACUGUGAUCUCUGCGAGAAAGAAAGAGACCCAAAUCGUCGCUUUUACUACUGUGCUAAUUGUGAUAACUCUCUUCAUCUCAAUUGUGCUAUUGGGGAUCUCCCAUAUGUGAAGCUUGGGAACAAAUUCAAAUCUUAUUAUCAUAAGCAUCCACUCACUACUGUAAAAAACAUCUGGAAUUGCCCUCCAUGUAAGGGAUGUCGUGAGGUUUGCAAUGGACAGGCUCUAGAAUGUAAAGAAUCUGAAUGCAACUUUAUCGUCCACUGGGGUUGCAUUUGGAGACUCGAGCAAAGCAUUUUAAUAAUAUUCCACUCAAGUUUAAGAAAUAGAGAAGACGCAAGAUGAGAGGUAUGUAAUGUUCUGUGGAAAGGUGUAGCAGAUUUGGUAAAAAUGGGUGAUGGCCUUGGUUGUUGUAAUCUGCAUUAUGCUAUGUUUAUGAUAAUUGUUUGAGUAGUAGAAGAUUGUGUUAGAUGAAACAUACUUUGUAACAACACAUCUUUAUCUUUCACUUUUCUAUUUGAUUCUUAUUUUUUCAACUUUUAUCUAAAAUUACUAAUGAGAUUGAAGAAUUGAUUUCUAGUUUGUCAUAAGAAAAUAA